AUGUCCAACGGCGAAACCGUGUCAUUGCUCACUUUUCUGGGCUUACAUGUCGAACAGACCAAGAAACCUUACAAACCGACGUUGGCAUCAGAACUCCGAAGACGUUUGCUUCUCAAGGUAUUUUGCAUCGACAAAGUGGUUGCUGCAAUCACCGGGAGACCACCUGCGUUGAGUCGUCGCUAUGUCCUGACGCCUUUACCGCUGGACAUCAGCGAUGAGGUCUUGGCGGGAGAUGAGAAGACAACUGCCAAGGCCACGAGCUCCCUCGAUGCACAGGGCUGGAACCCGGACGGAGCUCUGUACUCGGUUACAAUGUGGCGUGCCCGGUAUCGAUUCAUGCAAAUUCGGGACGAGAUCUUUGAGGUUGCACUGGGAGCCGAAUCAUCAAUCUCGGGUGAUGCCGUACGUGCCCUCAAGGUCAAGGAACUCAAAGCCGCUGCUGAGUUGCCAAUCAUUAUGCAGUUCGAUGAAUCGGACAUAAGGAACCCUAAAAUCAGCGGUCAGAUCCUUUACAUCAGGCUCCUCAUGCUACUGGAGCAUCUCCAAAACUUGUUUUUCAUUGAGCGGCUCCUCAAUCGGCGGGAACUACUGGCGGUCAGCUAUGAGUUGACAUCGGCCACCUUGUUAUUCUGGACGAACAUGGACGGACUCGGCUUCCAUGAAGACUUCCAAUGGCUGGUAAUGGCAUAUGCAGCUCCAGGCGGCGGUAUCCUGUGUCUGGAACUCCUACAACCAGCGGUGACCACCAACAAUACCGGCGUUGCAGUCACCGACAGUAAAGGAAACCCUAUAACCAGAUCCAGCAUCGUACAGGUGUUGAGUCUCCUUGUGGGCUUUUUGAAAUGGGUCGGCCCACAAGAAGUCAACGGGAACAUCUGCCUCGGUUGUAGAAACAUUGUGCAACGAGUGCUCGACGAGGCGCUCAACAUGGGGCCCCGCAGCAAUCCUGCAGUGGAUGGAACGGAAUGGGACUUUCCUGCACAGCUAGAUUUUAACUUUGAUCUUUUGGACACUUUCGAGUGGAUGCGACCAGAAUUCUCGUGGAGCGAAAUGCCCUCGCAGGAUUAG